AAUUUGCAAUAUUUUUCAGAAUGAUGUCGGAAUGGUAAAAAUUAAUGAUUUGACGGCUGGGCUACGAGCUCCGGCGUUCUGGGCCGGGCUUACCGCCGGUUUGGCCGGAUCGGCGAUUUUGUACAAAAUGUUCGGCCCGCCGGGCGCUGAUGGAGACGAGGAUGAAGAUUCAGACGAUUCCGCGGUUUGCACAUCUGGGGACGAGAGUGAGUACAGCGGGGAUGAGGACGAGCAGGACAUGAAGAUGGUCUUGGUAGUCCGGAACGAUCUUAAGAUGGGGAAAGGAAAGGCAGCGGCGCAGUGCUGUCAUGCUACCCUAGCGGCUUAUAAGCAGGCGAAGAGAAAAAAUUCUUCUUGGCUGAGAACAUGGGAAUGCAAUGGACAACCAAAGGUUACUCUGAAAUGUGAAUCUGAAGACGACCUACACACUCUGCUAGCUCAGGCUCGGAGUGUGGGACUAGUCAGUGCAGUCAUUGCGGAUGCAGGCAGAACACAGAUAGCUCCAGGAAGUAAAACAGUUCUAGCAGUUGGUCCUGGUCCAGGGGAACUGGUAGAUCAGAUUACUGGGCAUUUAAAGCUGUACUAACCCUGUUCUUCAACCUCACAACACAUCCAGUGAAACCAUCAAGCUUCAUUAGUUUAUUAGUUCAUUAUGUACUGCUUAUUGCUACUGAAUUAAUAAGUAGAGUGUGUACAAUUUAUGUACAUUUUCAUUGUGUACAUUGUACAUUGCACAACAUUAUGUACUGCUUACAGCUACUGAAUUAAUUAGUAGUCACUAGUGUUUAUAAUUUAUGUACAUUGUCAACAUUACGUGGUGCCACUGAAUUAAUUAGUAGUCUCUAGUUUGUACUGAAUUUAUGUACAUUUUUCUUCUUGUACAUGUUACAACUUUGCCAUAUCAUUAUCAUAAGAGUUGAAGAAAGAUUGUGCUAUAAAAUUGAUUCUAUUGUUAUUUUUUAAAUAUUUUCAUAAGAA